AAAAGUUCAAGUUUCAUUGUUUGAAAAAAAAAAAAUUGGAGCAUCAACAAAAGAAAAAAAAUAUUAAUUGAAUUAAAUAUAACUUACGAAAGUAUCAAGCUGGAUUUAAAAGAUUCUCCAUAAUGGAUCAGCAAGUGUUUCAAAGUGGAUUUGGUGCAAUCAGAUUAGUUCAUCAGACUGUAGACGAUCAACAACAGAAUUUUAUAAUGGCAGACGACAAUAAUCAGCAACAUAUCGUUUAUUCGCCAGUUAAAACUAAUGAAAUGCCUCAAAUGCAGCAACAACAACAACAUCCAGCUCAAUUUAUAUCACAGGAUGAUUCAAUGGGAAAUCAAUAUUUAAUUCAACAAACAUCCAGUCCACAACAAGUUUUUUACACGAAUCUUUCGCCAGCGAACCAAAAUACUAAUCGAAUUGUCCAGCAAGUCAUCAAUCCAAAUCUCAUGCAGCAGCAAAAUCAGCCUAAGCAACUUGUUCUGCAGACACCACAAAAAGUCGUCGUUCAACGAGCUCCGGAAAUGAAUCCGAAUUUAACUCAAUUGGUAGAUCAACAAAAUCAGCAAACUAUGCAGUACAAUUUUCAACAAAAUCAAGUAGAUCAGAAUCAUCAGAUAAUUAUCCAUCAACAAGGAAAUCAGAUGAAACAGACUAUUUAUCCCCAACAAAGUGGACAAUUAAUUAGUCCACAACCACAAUAUAUACAAUUACAGCCGAUUCAAACGCAAAAUGCAAUUGUACAGCAAGGAACAAAGAUUAUAAUGCAAAAUAAUAGUCCUUUAAGGUAUAGCAUUGUACAACAAAAACCUCCUCAACAAAUGCAACAAAUUCAAAAUCAACAAGGACAAAUUAUGCAAAUCCAGCAAGCUCAAAAUGAUCAGUCGCCAAAGUUUCGUCCACGAGUCUCUUUCCCUCAAAUGCGUAUUACUAGAACGAUUAAUUCACCACAAAUGCAAGUUCAGGCACAGCAACAGCAACAAACUCCACGACCAAGAGCUCAAUCGAGAAUGGCUACACCUAGACUUAUUCGUCCUGUUGCACAAAGUCCUUUACAGCAACAAAAUACUCCUCAAAAUAGUCCUCAACCUGCAAGAUUAAUACAAACGAAUCGAAUGGCACAGAAUAUAAAUAAUAAUGGUCAGCAACAGCAGUUUAUUUUAGUGCAACAAGAAGGACAGCAUUUUCUCGUCAGUCAGCCAAUGAACUCGGGUCAAAAUCAAGCUCAAAUCACUGAAUCUCCCAAUCAACUUGUGAGAACAAUUAUUAAUAAUAGGAAAAUAGAGACUUCGCCACAUCAACAGAAUAAUCAGACGAAUGUUAAUGCAAAUCAGAACUUCCAAAUGCAAAAUAAUGAAAGUCAGGAACAAAAUUCAAGUCAGACAGAACAAGUGGCACCAACUACAUCUACAUUGAUUAGAAAAGAAGGCGAAGAAGGCGAUUGUGAUGAUUUAGAAGAUUCAAUUACUGCCACAGCUAUAUCAAAAGGAACUCGUCCAGAACAGCCUGUUAAUCAAAUGAAUAAUUCCAUGGCAAAUGAAAACUUUAGACGACAAUCAGUUCCUCAACAACAAACACCACAAAGAGUUGGAAUUGUUCGUCCAAUGAUGACUAAUCAAGGUAUGGCAUUAAAUCGUCUUCCAGUCCAAAGAAGUCCAUCAUUACAAAUAAUACGCCAAAGAACUCCACCACGACCACAAUUUCAGCAACAGCAUGGAAUAAGGCAUGAAUUAGGCAUUAAUGAACGUGAAAGUGCUAAAAUGUUGGUCAUUUUGGACAAUGGUGAGCAAAGAUUAAUAACAUUUACGUUGCCACGUGAGACAUGUACCGUACAAGAGCUUUUGGAUCAAGUGGGAAUUCAGAUAGGAGCUGAUAGUAAUAUUGAGUGUAUUGAAAAUCCAGGUUCUGAGAUUGAUUAUAUCGUUAAAGUUGGAAAUUUUGGUUCGCGUGAUACGACAGAAAUGACAAAAGCUGCUGAAAAUCAUAUUAGGCAACAAGCUGCACAACAAAAAAUGACUGCAUCACAACAAAAAACAGUCCAGCAACAACAAAUCAAUGAAACACCAAAAAGUCCAGAACCAACAACCAAAUUACCUCCGCCGAAAUAUGUGGAUGGAUUUUAUGCUGUAUGCAGUGCGUGUGGAUUUUCUGGAUCUGAUCAUGCUAAAUGUGAGCGAUGUCAUCGAAUUUUCACAGACGACGUUAAAACUGUUCGAAUGCCAUCACAAUUGGCACCAAAUACAAAAAUAUCACUCAUUCCUGGACCGCCACAACAAAAAUUAAACAUAAUUAAAGCAAAUCAGGAUCGAAAAGAUCAGAUGGAAGCAAUUCAGAAGAAGCAUCAAUUAGCUGAAGCUCAUAGGAAGCAAAUGGGUGGUCGUGGACGAGGAGGUAUUCAUAAUCUUGGAAAUCCUGGUUUAAUUGCAGUAAGAGGACGUGGACGUGCUCCAAGAAAGCCAAUACAUCAUGAAAUUGUGACUUUAAGUAGUGACGAUGAAACCGAUUCGGACGGAACUAAAUCACACAGUUCUGGUGAUAAAAAAGGAGAAGAUUUACCCAAAAAGGUAUUUGAACCAGUAAUUGAAGAGGAUGUCAUUCCAAAUGAUUUUAUACGACUGGAUGUGACGGAAUUUCAAGAAGGCGAGGAUAAAUUGGAAACUUCAUUGACAUGCAGGACAAUCAGAAUUGGAUCUUACAAAUUCGAAACAAAAGACCCGGUGGCAAUCACAUCAAAAGGAAUCAAAAUAGUUGCACCGACUGUGAAAGAUGUAAAUGACAUUACAGUGCUUAACAUCCAGAACUCUGAGAUUGUCAAACUUGUAAUCCACUUCAGCAAGCAAUUGUCAAUAAUUAUCGUCUAUACGAAGCCAUCUUGCGGUCGAUUCAUUGUUGAACAAUUACAAAUGACUCAAGUUAAUGAUAAAUCUCCUUACUAUGCGCCAUUGUCGAGAAACGAGACACAAAAGAAAAUCAUAUUCCUCACAGAAAAUGUGUCUGAAGAUACUAAGAAUGCGCUUAAAGCUAUAUUUAAGGAAGGUAGAAUGGAAGAGAUCAACAAUAGGGAUGCAAAUGAAAUGCUCGUUCGGUCUACUGGCAUUCCUUUAACUGUGACAAGUCAAAAUCCAAUUGCUGAAUCCAACUCAAACAACAGUACACAAGAUGUAGGAGAAUUGCAGAAAAUACUAACGUAUCCGCGAGGUCGUGGAGGAAUUACGAUAACAGUCUAUGACUAUUUGUGUCUUGGAAGUGAUAAUUAUUUGAAUGAUGUGAUCAUCGAUUUUUAUUUAAAAUAUACACAUACGGAGUUACUCACGAAAGAACAGCAGCACAAGACUCACAUAUUCAGUACAUUCUUCUACAAAAGGCUCACUACCAUGACAAAAGAUCAGAGGACAUUGACAGCUGCACAAAAACGUCAUCAGCGAGUUCAAUCGUGGACGAAAAAUGUUAAUUUAUUCGAAAAAGAUUUCAUUAUAAUUCCAAUUAAUGAACAAUCACAUUGGUUCCUAGCCAUCAUUUGUUUUCCUAAUUUAACAGAGCCUCAUACCAUGGAUACUAAUCAGCCCAUAAAGCUCACAUUUAAUCAGAAGAAGCCUAAAAAGAAACUGCCUGUUCAAAUUGGAAGUACCACAAUAACUCCUUUAAGUAAAAAGGAUGAUUCUAUAGAAGUUCAUGAUGAUCAGGCGAGUGAACGUGAUGAAGCAGAAGGUGAUGAUAGUGAGUUAGGAAGUAAUGUAGAUAGCGAGGAAGAGGAAGUAAUCGAUAAAGGACAACCAGUGAAAGUACCGUGCAUAUUAAUCUUCGAUUCCCUUGGUGGAACUUCACGAGCGCGAGUUGUGGCAACGUUGAGAGAUUACUUGACAUGUGAAUAUAAGGCCAAAUAUCCAAAUUCACCACCAAGAACGUACACAAAACCGAAUAUGUUAGGAUGUCUAGUAAAAGUUCCACAGCAACAAAACUUUACAGAUUGUGGACUUUUCCUUUUACAGUAUGUUGAACAAUUCUUUAAAGAUCCAUUAAAGGACUUUAGAAUUCCAAUUAAGACGCUGUCAAAAUGGUUCCAUCAAGAUCUUGUAACAAGAAAGCGCGAGGAUGUUGCCAAUUUAAUUAAGACGUUAAUGAAACGUGAUGGAUUUGCUGAAGUAGAUAUUCCUAAUAUUGAGUUUCCAACAAAAGACGGGAAAAUUUUGGAAGCGCCUGAAAGUCAAUCAGAGAAUAAUACAACAAUGGAAGAGGCAUUUGAAGAUCCUGAUUAUACGCCUGAUGGUGAGGAGGAUCCAAAAGAUAAUAAUAGUGGUCAAGAAGAAGUGACUAAAAAGGUCUAUCUGCCAUCAAAAAAACGAAUCCUUGACAAAACAGAUAGUAACGGUGAAAGCUCAGCGGCAAAAAAUCCGAAAAUAAACAAAAAUAAAGUCUAAUUUACUUUUAAACAACUGAAUAAUUGUUUAAAAAAAUGUACACAAUCGUUUCCCUUAUUCUCUAACUCUAUGGCAUGUAUGAAAUAAUUUUUGUGUAACAUCCAGAAUUUACAUGUGAACUUUUGAAGAAAUAUCUAUACAUGAAGUAAUUUUCCGCUGAUUUUGAGCACAUACAUGAAAUAAUAAUGAAGUCUAUACAUGAAAAGGAAGGAAAAGUUAAUUUUAAAGUUAUCAAGUGAUGAAUAAUAUUCUUAAUGGAUUUAACUAUUAAUCAUGAUUAUCU